GCAACCGGAAAAGGCAGGAGUUAAGAGACGUCAUGCGCUUCUGCGGAAGUGGACGACACUCUCAUUGGCUGCGGGUUGUCUGUCUGUAGGAGCGGGCCUUUUGGAGGAGACCGGAAGUGGAGCGAAUGAGAGGUGACCAGAAAUGGAAAGAAAAGUAAGCAGAAUUUGUUUUGCUUCUGAACCAGAUAUAAUUCAUUUUCUACAAAUUGCUUGGGAGAGAACGCUAGCAUCUGGUUUUGUUAUUACACUUACUGAUGGUCAGUCAGCAUGGACCGGAACAGUUUCCGAAUCAGAGAUUUCUCAAGAAGCUGAUGACAUGGCAAUGGAAAAAGAGAAAUAUGUUGAUGAACUGAGGAAAGUAUUGAUAUCAGGAGGAGGACCAGCUGAUGCAUACAAGUUUGAUUUUUCUAAAGAGUCUUGUCAUUUCUCCUUUGAGAAAAACCUGAAAGAUGUUUCAUUUAGACUUGGUUCCUUCAAUCUAGAGAAAGUUGCAAGUCCAGCUGAGGUCAUUAGGAAACUUAUUUGUGAUUGCCUGGACACCAUUGCGGAAAACCAAGCCAAAAAUGAGCACCUGCAGAAGGAAAAUGAAAGGCUUCUGAGAGAUUGGAAUGAUAUUCAAGGACGAUUUGAAAAAUGUGUGAGUGCUAAGGAAGCUUUGGAGACUGAUCUUUAUAAGCGGUUUAUUCUAGUGCUGAAUGAGAAGAAAGCAAAGAUCAGAAGCUUGCAUAAAUUGUUAAAUGAAGUUCAAGAACCAGAAAGGAACAUUGAGCGUGAAAGGGAAGCCACAACAUGUUCUGAAAUGACCGCUGAUAGAGAUGCAGUCUACGAUGAAAGUACUGAUGAAGAAAGUGAGAACCUGCCUGAUCCCUCUGUGUUAGCUCCAGCUACUUCUAGAGAUGAUUCCAUCAUUUCAAGUCCUGAUGUCACUGAUAUUGCACCAAGUAGAAAGAGGAGGCAGCGGAUGCAAAAAAAUCUUGGAACAGAACCUAAAAUGGCUUCUCAGGUGACUCAGCCUCAAGAAAAGGAAAAGCUUGAUCCUCCACAACCUGAGAAGUUGAAAAAGGAGCACAGCUCAACUGAAAACAUGUCUUUAGAAACUCUAAGAAACAGUAGUUCAGAAGACCUCUUUGAUGAGAUUUAACUGUCUCAAAAGCCAAGUAGAGAUAGCGUCACAGCAGGAUAAAGUGGGCUGGAGUCACUAACUUUGACGUUCCAAUCCUGGAUCUCCCACUGCCUAACUCUCUUCUCUCAAGCCAGCCACUUAACCUCUCUUUUGAAGUCAGCUUCCUCACAAAUGAGACCAGCUCACGUGUACUUCUUGUCUAAGCACCAGAUAAGGCAGAUAAUGUACAGAGGCAGUAGCCACAGCUUAAUCCACAGUGUAAAAGUGCUUUCCGGAAGGGCUUCUCCCCCACCCCAGGAUUUCUUAAAUUACUAAACUUCAUAUGCUGUCCACCAGUGUCAAAGGCGACAGCCAAAUAAAAGGCCCGUCCUUGUACUAAAGACCAGGCCUUUCCCUGGUUAUGGACUUAUUUUAAUCAUGAACCUUGAUAUACUUGUAGAAAAAGUUGACUUGUUUUUCUUCAUAUCUCCCUGUUGGUGGGUAUCGUUUAAUGGGAAAGUUUUCAGUUUUUUAUUUGCUUUUAGUUGUAUUUUGCGUGUAUGUAUUUUUAGUUUUUUUAGUUUUCUGAUUUUCCAGGUAUCUACAGAAGACUCGAAAUAUCCACCUUACUUUCCAGAGAAAUAGUUUUUAUAAAACAGAGAUGCCAUUUGUUAUCCAUAAAACAUGCUCUUUUUUUGACAUCUCCUGUAAUAUAGAGAAGACAUAUUCGUGUAUUUACUUGGGCUGAGAAAAGAUAGCAAAAUUUAGUCUUGGAUAUGUAUAGAUAACACUGUUAUCUAUUGCCUCCACCAUUACCAAAGAACUGGGUUCAGUCAGAAUAGGUAUUUGCUGAACAGUAAGGAAUACUAAGAGAUAAUCUUGUGUGGGCAAAUUAGUUUGUAUACUUGACCCAAGCAGUUAGCACAGAGCAAAAGGGACCCAGUUUUCUGGAACCCUGUAUCAUAUAUUGUUGACUCCUGCUAGUUAUUUCUUCUAUGCAGACUCUCAUGAACUAAAAAAAGCAAAUUGACUUCCAAAAGUUAACCUAUGCAUGAAUAAAAGCACAACAUACACAGGA